AUGAAGAUAAUGCUAGGCAAGUUACCGAGGCCAUGGAUAGUGGAUGAUGCAAAAGACGAUGGCUAUACGGCGCUACACUUGGCCGCAUUGAAUAACCACGCGGAGGUGGCUGAGCUGCUGGUGCGAGGAGGUGCACGACCCGAUCUACAGAACGCGAACCUGCAAACUGCGCUACACCUUGCCGUUGAGCGCCAACACACGCAGAUCGUUCGCUUACUCAUAGCGCACGGUGCUGACUUGAAUAUCUGCGAUAAGGACGGCGACACGGCACUGCACGAGGCUCUGCGGCACCACACGCUUCAGCAGCUGCGGCGGCUGCAGGACGCACGAGACGCGGCAGCGCUGGGUGCGCUCGCGCACGCGCAUGACAAGAAGUCCUCCGCCUCCAUCGCUUGCUUCCUUGCCGCACAUGGCGCGGAUCUCACACUGAAAAAUAAAAAGGGUCAAACUCCACUAGAUUUAUGUCCAGAUCCGAAUCUUCGUAAAACUUUAACCACAUGCCGUAAGGAAGGUUCUGGAAUGACAAGUGACGGUACGCCAGAGAGCGAAGUAAGCUCAGUAGGUAUAUCUAACAGCGGUGCAACCGCCUCCACUAGCACCGCUGCACCAGAAACGUCUAGCGGCGAAACAGUCCAAACUUCCGACCCGACGGCGGACGAGUGCCUCGUAUGUUCUGACGCAAAGCGAGACACCAUGUUUCGUCCCUGUGGACAUAUAUGUUGCUGCAAUGUUUGCGCUGCUAGGGUGAAGAAGUGCCUGGUGUGCCGCGCGUGCGUGAGCGGGCGGCAGCGCGUGGGCGAGUGCGUGGUGUGCUCGGAGGCGCCGGCCACCGUGGUGUUCCGGCCGUGCGGCGACGUGUGCGCCUGCGCCGCCUGCGCGCCGCUCAUGCGCAAGUGCGUGGAGUGCCGCACGCCGCUGCAGCCGCAGCCGCCGCAGCCGCCGCACCCGCCGCCGCCGCAGCACACGCAGCAGCCGCAACCGCAUCCACCGCUGCCUCACGCCAACCUCCACCUGGAGAAGGAGAGCAGCAGCAACCUGGCACAGGUGCAGGUGAACAAAGGUCAGCCCGCACCGACGCAGGCCGCGCCGCACCACAUGAACAACGGGCUGCGCUCGGCGCCCGCCGCUGCGCCCCCUGCCGGAACCCCCGCCGCACCCCCCGCAGCCGUCGCGUCCCUCACACCACUCGCAUCCCCCGCACCACUCGCACACUCCGCACCCCCUGCACCGCCCGCCGCCGACGUCCAGAAGCUGCAACAACAGCUACAGGACAUCAAGGAACAGACGAUGUGCCCAAUCUGUUUGGAUCGGCUGAAGAACAUGAUCUUCCUGUGCGGGCACGGCAUGUGCCAGAUGUGUGGCGACCGAAUUACGGUGUGUCCAAUAUGUCGCAAGCAGGUCGAGAAACGUAUUCUGCUUUACUGA